GAUUACAGGCGUCUCAGUUAAUCACUGAUUCAACAUUCGCACUCACAAGAAGGAAGGCUACGAACAGGAUUUCAGAGCUUUUAUAUAGACUCUAAAAUACAUGUAAAAAAAUCAGUUUUAGAAACUGAUCCGUUCCAUCAACUAAUUAAACAAUUUCUAGAAAACCAUAUGUAUAUGUUGCAAACCUGUGAUAGCAGGCAGCUGUCCUGACUCCUUAUCGAGUGUGAAAUGAUGGAGUGUGUAAGCUAACGUUAGCUAUUUCUGCAGUUCUUCUUAGCUAGCGAACGAAAAAAAACAUUACAUCAUAAGGAAGUUGCAACAGUCAAACUAACAGUGGAUGGUACCAGAUAAGCCAUCUGAACCAAACAAGGCUGCUGUGGGGUCGUGAGGAGACUGCUUUCUGCUGCACCAGCUGCAUGAGACAUGCAGAGCUCUGAGCAUCUCUAACAGGCAGCAAUCUGUGGAACCAUGGACUCUUCUUCUUCUGAGUCCCAGUCCCAGGGCGACGGUGAGACAGCUCUGCUCCAUGCAGAGAUCAGAGAACACCCCACCACAUCAGCUGCCUUAAUUCCCAGUGAUGACCCCGUCCUGUUGACCCCAGGGAGAAUGAGCCAGCGAAGCCAGGGGAAGGAGCGAGAGAAGAGGGAGGAGAAGGAGCGAGAGAAGAGGGAGGAGAAGGAGCGAGAGAAGAGGGAGGAGAAGGAGCGAGAGAAGAGGGAGGAGAAGGAGCGCGAGAAGAGAGAGGAGAAGGAGCGAGAGAAGGAGAAGGAGCGAGAGAAGAGGGAGGAGAAGGAGCGAGAGAAGAGGGAGGAGAAGGACAGAGAGGAGAAGAAGGAGAAGGACAGAGAGGAGAAGAAGGAGAAGGAUGGGAGCCUCCACACCCCCAGCAGAGAUCACCUCGCCAGCCCCUCUUCCCUCAGCCCGGGUCUCAGCUACACCCAUGGUUUCGACCGGGGGAAAGAAGAUUCCCUGCCUCCGAAAGAGGACUCGUCUCACUCCAUAUCCAAGAGCAAGUCAGAGUCCAAGCUCUACAAUGGCUCUGACAAGGAUGUCUCGUCGUCCGGUAACAAGCUCACCAAGAAGGAGUCGCUCAAGGUACAGAAGAAGAACUACCGUGAGGAGAAGAAGAGAGCCACCAAGGAGCUCCUCAGCACCAUCACAGACCCCUCUGUUAUUGUCAUGGCUGACUGGCUCAAGAUCCGGGGUACUCUGAAGAGCUGGACCAAGCUGUGGUGUGUGCUGAAGCCGGGGGUUCUUCUCAUCUACAAGACCCAUAAGAACGGCCAGUGGGUGGGCACGGUGCUGCUCAACGCCUGCGAGCUCAUCGAGAGACCCUCAAAGAAGGACGGCUUCUGUUUCAAACUCUUCCACCCGCUGGAGCAGUCCAUCUGGGCAGUCAAGGGUCCUAAAGGAGAGGCGGUGGGUUCCAUCACACAGCCAUUACCUGGCAGCCACCUCAUCUUCCGUGCCACCUCUGAGUCAGACGGCCGUUGUUGGAUGGAUGCUCUGGAGCUGGCUCUGAAGUGCUCCGGCCUCCUGAAGCGGACCAUGAUCCGCGAGGGCAAGGAGGAGCUGGCCAGCACGGCCGGGGAGAGCUCCCAAAUUAACUUCUACAGCCUGCUGAGAGCCCACAACAUGCAGGGUUUCCAGUUCAACGACAGUGACCAGUUCAAGGACCCUGACCUGUACUCAGACAAGUCGGACCGGGAGGGGGAGCAGGACCACGAGGAGUCAGACGUGGAGGGUCUGGGGAAGAGCGAGGAGAGUGACAGUGACACGUCGGAACGUCAGGAUGACUCCUACAUUGACCUUGACCCCAACGAGGCCCUGCGGGAGACUCCGUACCUGGAACAGUCCCACGAGGAGCUGGGAGAGGCUGGUGAGGCCUCCCAGACAGAGACGGUGUCGGAGGAGAAUAAGUCUCUGAUCUGGACGCUGCUGAAGCAGGUCAGGCCUGGGAUGGACCUGUCUAAAGUGGUCCUGCCCACCUUCAUCCUGGAGCCACGCUCCUUCCUGGACAAGCUGUCCGACUACUACUACCAUGCUGACUUCCUCUCUGAGGCAGCUGUGGAGGAGAAUGCCUACAACAGGAUGAAGAAAGUAGUGAAGUGGUAUAUCUCUGGAUUCUACAAAAAGCCACAGGGCCUGAAGAAGCCAUAUAACCCCAUCAUCGGUGAGACCUACCGCUGCAUGUGGCUCCAUAGCAAGACCAACAGCAAGACAUUCUACAUUUCUGAACAGGUGUCCCAUCAUCCUCCAGUGUCAGCGUUCUACGUCAGUAACAGGAAGGACGGCUUCUGUCUCAGCGGAAGCAUCCUGGCCAAGUCCAAGUUCUACGGAAACUCCUUGUCGGCCAUAUUGGACGGAGAGGCUCGGCUCACCUUUCUCAACAGAGGAGAAGACUACGUCAUGAACAUGCCCUACGCCCACUGCAAAGGCAUCCUGUAUGGCACCAUGACUCUGGAGCUGGCUGGCCAGAUCACCAUUGCCUGUGAGAAGACAGGAUACAGUGCCCAGCUCGAGUUCAAACUCAAGCCGUUCUUGGGUAACAAUGACAGUGUGAACCAGGUCUCUGGAAAGAUCAAGCUGGGGAAGGAGGUGCUGGCUACGCUGGAGGGACACUGGGACAGUGAAAUCUUCAUCAACGAUAAGAAGACCGGGGUGGUGGAUACGUUUUGGAACCCCACUGCAGAGCUGCGUCAGAGCAGGCUGACACGCUGCACCGUGCCUCCUGAGGACCAGGGAGACUAUGAGUCUGAGAGGUUAUGGCAGCAUGUAACGAGGGCCAUCAACAACAAGGACCAGACAGAGGCCACCAAUGAGAAGUUUAUCCUGGAGGAGGCUCAGAGGAAGUCAACCCGCGAGCGCAAGGCCAAGUGUGAGGACUGGGCGCCCGGGCUCUUUGAACAGGACCCCGUCACCGGAGAGUGGCAUUACAGAUAUGCCGACACCCGGCCGUGGGAUCCGCUGAAUGAUAUGAUUCAGUUUGAGAAAGACGGCUGGAUCCAGACUAAAGUGCGGCACCGCACCCCUAUGGUACGUUCUGCCAGUGUAAUUAGUCUCAGUAACCAGGGCCCCAGGAGGGAUGGCAAUUGCAAGUGCCAGGUGACAGGGCCCAAAAGAAAGCACAAGCACAGUGACAAGCCCAAGAAACCUGAGAGUGGCUGCUCCUCCCCAGAACCUGACCGCCAGGACUCCUCCGGCAGCGAGCGACACAAAAGCAAGCACAGUAGCCGGUUAAGGAAAAAGGGCCCAGACCUUAGUGAACUUCAAAGUGCCAUUGAUUCUAUAAAGAAGACACAGGAGAACAUUUACAAGAGCAUCGGUGUGCUGCGCUCCCGAACGACAGUGGGCCAGGCGGCAGCAGAGGGCGGAUUCCUGCAGCAGCGCGACUACGCCAUCAUCAUCCUCCUCAUCCUCCUUCAGGUCUUCAUCAACUUCCUGUUCAAGUAGCAGCCGACAGACUGACAGAGAGAGAGACAGAUGGAGUUAGAGAGAGAGACCGAUGGAGAGAGAGAGACAGGACUGAUGGGGGGGGGUUGUCCAGGUUAAGGAGGAGAAACAGUCUGGAAGUGAAUGAACUUCAAGAGCACCCAGUAGCUCUGCCUCAACCCUCUCUCUCUCUCUCUCUACUGAGUUGACCCUGCUCCACUGUCCUCAGACGGGCCACCAUUGUCACACACACGUCUCCAAAGCAAGCAUUCCUGAAAGAGGCUCCUCAAAAAAAACUGAAAUUGUUUUUAAUUUCUAUUUAUUUGUACCUGUUUAAAGAUCGGUGUAUUUUUAAAGGGGGAGUGGCACCGGCCAGGACUGAAGGGAAGUUGAGGUCAGCGUUCGGCCUUAGCCGGCGUCAUGAUGUCGUGAACUGGGCCUUGGAGAAGGGAUUGACAUCUGGCGGCCAUUUUUAAUUUUGCUAACGGACACCGCUCCUUGCAUUUCACCCGCCUCCCCAACGACAGGGAACAUUUUACACUGAGACUUUUGAAGAAAAGUUACUUUCAUUCAAUAUUUUUUUUUAAAGACUGUUCAUUUGUUUCGUUUGUUUGGUGUGUCCUUUGUGAGUAGAACCUCUAGUUCAAAAAUAUACGAGAAGGGAGAAGAACAGAUUUAAGCGGUCCAAUAUAUGCUUUGACAAGGCUCGAGUUUCCUAGCUUGACGGGGAAUCGACAAACAAAAGAAGGUCAUUGUAAUCAAUCGAUUUGAAUCGUUCCACUCAAAUUUGUAGACCAGGUCAAUUGUAUAAACUAGAUGCUUGACAUGAA